CCGAGCCCCCCUGAAAACCCCGCUUUUUUGUCUCGUUCCUGCUGGACUUCGAUCACCACCAACAUGCUGAGGAGCUGCUGCACAGUUUGGACUCUGCUUCUGGGAAUCGCUGCUGCUGCAGUGUUUGUGGAGAAGCAGGAGGCUGACACAGUUCUGCGGAGGUGGCGACGAGCGAACAGCGGCUUCCUGGAGGAGUUUAAACAGGGAAACAUCGAGAGGGAAUGCAUCGAGGAGAUCUGCGACUACGAAGAGGCUCGAGAGGCAUUUGAAAACGACGACAAGGCGUGGGAGUUCUGGCUGAGGUACAAUCGUCGCGACCCUUGCAAGGUCAACCCAUGUCAUAACAACGGGACGCGCACCGACACUGGCAGCUCCUAUGAUUGCCAGUGUCCCGAGGGAUACGAAGGACGACACUGUCAGACGGUGUUCGAAGACUCGCUCGGGUGUCUUUACCACAACGGACGCUGUCAGCACUUCUGUGGUGGUUCGGGAGAAAGACACAGAUGUUUCUGUGCUGAGGGAUACCAGCUCGGAGAAGAUGGACAACAGUGUGUUGCCAAAGUUGAGUUCCCAUGCGGUCAGGUGGCUCCAGCAGAAACCGGACUCAACCAGAGUGUCGUUACCCAGAUCAGACUGGUGGGAGACAACCUCGGUCCCAAAGGGGAGAGUCCCUGGCAGGUCUUGAUUCAGUUAAAUGGAAAGAGUCACUGUGGAGGUGUCCUGAUCCACCCAGACUGGGUCAUCACUGCUGCCCACUGUGUCUAUGGCAACUAUGCCCAAAACCUCACUGUGCUGGCUGGGGAACAUAACUUAGAUGUAGACGAGGGCACAGAAGAGAAGAUCCCCGUUUCCAUGGUGACUGCACAUGAAAGAUACGCCCCUGCAACGGGAGAUAGCGACAUCGCCUUGCUCCAGCUGAACCGGUCCGUCACCUUGAACCGCUAUGCCAUCCCCAUCUGCCUUCCCACCCAGCACUUUGCUGAGCAGGAGCUCCUGCCGGUCCGCUACCACACUGUGUCUGGGUGGGGCAGGAGGACCACCGGGGGCAACGCUGACACCCAGUAUAGGGCUCCAGUCUCCCCAGUUCUCCGCAAGAUGUCAGUUCCCAUCAUCCAGAACUCUGAGUGCUCCCAGAAGGCCCAGUUCAACUUCACCAACAACAUGCUGUGCGCCGGAUACCUUCAGGGCCACCUGGAAAGUUGCUGUGGAAAUGAUGGCAGCCCGCUAGUUACGCAGUAUGGCUCCACCCACUUCCUGAUGGGUGUGGUUGGCUGGGGGCGGGGCUGUUCACAUCCAGGGUAUUAUGGGGUGUACACCAACAUGGCCAACUUUGUGGACUGGGUGGAUGGCACCAAGAAUAGCCAACCAUAGCGACACCAGUUCUCCCUGAUAAGCAGGGAUAGAAACCAGUUUGAGAAAAGUGCUUCAUUCCCAGUUCAGACAGUUAAUAUUCUGACAUGACUUAAUAAAAUGGAAAAUGUUCACUG